AUGUCCAAUGAAGGUUUACUAGUUAUUAUGGGUUUCCGGAAUCGCAACGACGACAUCAGUCUUGAAAUCUUAUUCGAGCUUUAUCUCGUGUUUAGACAGGCACUUGAGGACAUUAAUCUUGUUCAAAUACCCACUGUUGGCUCUUUCUUCACAUGGGAGAAGGGCAGGGAGUCGAAUAAUCUAGGUAGAGAGAAGCUUGAUAGAGCCCUUGCUACUGAGGACUGGGCUCGUAAAUUCACUAAUGUUGUCUGCUUGGUUGUUCAUGUUUCUAGAUCGGAUCACAAACCGUUGGUGAUUAAUACAACUCCUAAGGAUAAUAGGGGAGACAGAAGGAGAUUUCGAUUUGAUAAUGCAUGGUUAUGUGAUGAGGGUCUGGCUGAGGUUGUUAAAGGAGCUUGGGUUAAUUCUAUACCAUACAACCUUUUGAUGAAACGUGAUGAUUUAGUUUCUGCUCUUUCGUUGUGGGGUAGGAGUAGAAAUAGAGAGUUUUGGCAAAAGAAGAAGACUAUACAUAGAUUAUUGGAUAAUGGGACCAGUACUGUUUCUCACGCCUCUUUAAAGGAAGAUUGA